AUGCAGAAUAUACACAACGACCUAGACGUCAGCGAGCAUGACGAAAACGCAGGCGAUGAAGGUCGCUCUAGCUCAGGCGAUCUCGUUGGAAUUUCCGACGCAGAUAGUAGUGAAGGUGAUGCCUCAGAGGAUUCGGAGGACGUCGACGAAAUAGUUCCAAGCGAGAACACUCACGCCUUCAUCAGGGUUUUCAACCGACCAGCAGUGGGAGACAAGCAGUGGAAUCGCACAGAUGCCAUCCGGUACCUCAAGUACGAGUUCUGGCUUGUGGAUUCGGGCUCGGGAGGAAGCUGGCCCUCAUUCCUCAAGGACUUGGAUGCCUUGCGUAUCCGGAAGGAUCGCCCUCGCCACGGCUUAUACCUUGAAUUUUAUUAUCUGGUCCACAAGCACUAUGAUGAAGUUGAAGCAAGCGACCAACAGAUGACCGCAUCCGACAACAGCACUACCCGCGAAGCCAGGGGUGCCCUUAGGAACACCGUAAUUGCAUGGUUUAACGGGGGUUGGCGUGAAGACCAACAAACUGUCCGACACCAACGGAGCCUACUGCCAUCACAGGCUGAGAUGAUGGUCUCGAAAUUCAUUGACCCAUACGGUGAUAUGGAUGGCAUAAUUGUUGGGACGGCAGCCAGUCUCGGUUUAAUGCACCUCUUCAGCAUUGAUGGAGGUGUAGAUGCGCAGACAGAUGUCGAAUCCGACCGGCCAACUGCUGCAAUUGCAAACACGAUGGCUGCUCAAACCGAGCAGCAGAUCGCGGACGUAGCGAGGACACUUUGGACAUCAGUAAGGAUUUGCACAGAAUCAGCCAACCGCAUUCCGCAAUUAGCAGCAAAGCACUCAAGGUGGCAGCCCACGCAUAGGCACUUUGCAAACACUUGA